UAUUAUGCUCAGGUCUAAGUUAUAUUGGGCCAGAUCGCAGGUUCUUAAGAACAAAGAAUCGGGCCGAACCGAAGCCCUAAGUGGAAAGAGAGAGCUUCGGUUUCAGUUUGGGAACAGAGAAUCGAAGAAGAAGAAGAAGAAGAAGUGGAAGAGUUAGUACAGUUAUCAGCAGUAGAAGAAGAAGAGAAUGGACGAAGAGCAAGUAGUAAAAUUUGUGGAGACUUAUUUGAAAAAGAAAGGAUUUAAACAAGCAGAGCUCGCUUUUCACGAUGAAGUUCAACGCAAUUCCCGUGCUAACUCCGUCGAUGUCCACUCCGAUCCUGAUCUCUCCACUCUCCUUCUUUCUCUCUCACAAUCAGAGGAUACUCCAGCAAGGUACCAUGAUGAAUAUGGUAAAUUAAGGUCAUGGACACAUAGUUCACUUGAUUUGUACAAGCCAGAGUUGCUUCGUGUGCUUUAUCCAGUGUUUGUCCAUUGUUAUAUGGAUCUUGUAGCAAAAGCGCAUAUCCAAGAGGCUAGAACUUUCUUCAACAAUUUUCGCGAAGACCAUGAAACAAUGCACUCACGGGAUCUCCAAAAGUUGGAAGGAGUUCUUUCUCCCUCUCAUCUGGAGGAGAUGGAAUUUGCUCAUACUCUUAGGCAGAGUAAAGUUAACAUAAAGAUAUGUCAGUACUCGAAUGAGCUCCUGAUGCAGUACCUACGCAACACAAAAUCUACUAUGAUGCUUGGGAUUGUUAAUGAGCAUAUUAACUUCCAAGUUUCUCCUGGACAGCCCAGCUCAAUAUCUGAUGAUGAUGAGGUUGUAACACUAAUUGGAAGCAGCCAAGAUGCAGCUAAUCAGAUAAAUAAGAAAGAAAUACAUUGGGGGCUGCUUGAAGAUUCUAUGGAGGAACACUUAGAGAAGGCAGGGGGUUUACACUCGGAUUCUGAAAAGACAGAAGGAGAAGCCAAAGAGGGGGACAUGGAUGAAAGCAAGAAAAGAUCAAUAGAGGGUGGAAAGCAAGGCACUUCUGUCAAAAAGAUGAAGAAAGAUAAAGCUACCAGUGCAACAGCUAAAGUUGUGCGUCCUGAGACUAAUAGUGCACCUACGGCACCGCGCGUCAAACCAGAGCUUCCUCUGCCCGUAAUCCCAACAGAGGUGGAACAGUCUAUUCUUGAGGACUUGAGAAAUCGUGUACAGCUGAGUAGUGCGGCACUCCCAUCCGUUAGCUUUUAUACAUUUAUCAAUACACAUAAUGGUUUGAACUGUUCUUCAAUAUCCCAUGAUGGAUCUUUGGUUGCUGGUGGAUUCUCAGAUUCCUCACUGAAGGUUUGGGAUAUGGCUAAACUGGGGCAACAAGGUAGCAAUUCUGUUUUGCAGGGUGCAAAUGAUACUGCUGCAAGUGAACAUUUCCUAGGGGCAAAUGGUGCCAAAAGAUCCUACACAUUAUUUCAGGGUCAUUCAGGGCCUGUUUAUUCAGCAACCUUCAGUCCUCUUGGGGAUUUUAUACUUUCCUCUUCAGCAGACACAACAAUUCGAUUAUGGAGCACAAAACUAAAUGCAAAUCUCGUUUGCUACAAGGGUCAUAAUUACCCUGUAUGGGAUGUUCAGUUUAGUCCUGUAGGACAUUAUUUUGCCAGUGCUUCACAUGAUCGAACAGCAAGAAUUUGGUCCAUGGAUAGACUACAGCCUUUAAGAAUAUUGGCAGGUCACCUGUCUGAUGUUGAUUGUGUACAAUGGCAUGCCAACUGCAACUAUAUUGCAACUGGCUCCAGUGACAAAACAGUUAGACUUUGGGAUGUCCAAAGUGGGGAAUGUGUCCGGAUUUUUAUUGGUCACAGGAGUAUGAUUUUAUCAUUGGCAAUGUCACCAGAUGGCAGAUUUAUGGCUUCUGCUGAUGAAGAUGGCACAAUUAUGAUGUGGGACCUUUCCAGUGGCCGCUGUGUUUCACCUUUGAUGGGUCACAAUUCAUGUGUAUGGACGCUAGCUUUCAGUUGUGAAGGUUCACUGCUUGCAUCCGGUUCCGCUGAUUGUACUGUGAAAUUAUGGGACGUGACCUCAAGCACAAAGGUGACAAAGGCUGAAGAAAGCAAAAGUGGAAGUGCAAACAGGUUGAGAUCAUUGAAAACGCUGCCGACAAAAUCUACUCCAGUCUAUUCCUUAAGAUUUUCUCGGAGGAAUCUUCUGUUUGCUGCUGGAGUCCUUUCUAAAAGUGGAUAGGACCUGUAUUAUUAAAGCAUGAUGUGACCGAAGACAUGGAUCAACCAAAGAAGUGACAAGUUAGAGUUAGGACAAAGAGCAAGGCCACCUAACAUAUUUGUAUCAAGUUAAGAAAAUUAAUGGUUUGAUAAACCUGUCUGGUACCGAUUUAGCCCAUUUUUGCAGAAUCAAAUGUUUGUUAUAUAAUCAUCAUUAGACAGAA